GCAUAGUAUAAUUAAUAUAAAAUCGGCAUUUGCCAAUGUCAAGAAGGGGCGGGUCGUUCAAAAGGGACUUUCCAGUUGUGUACUUUCGGUUUUAUCAACUCGAACGUGGGGUCCUCAAGUCUAGUCGCUGGCUGCUGCUGUAUAACUCAAUUAAUACGAAGAUUGCCCUUUAUAUGAUAUGCGUGUGUAACAUAGAACAUAGGCUAGAUCUAUUCUUAAUAGAUAUAGGCUUUCGUUUCCUUGACAUUCAGAAGAAAGUGCAACCUCAUUCGCAAGAGCCCACAUGCAAACAGCCUGUUCAGGAUGCCGAAAAUGAACUUCUCUCCGCUGCUCUUCCUGUGCAUGGAUGUGUGUUUGGUGCAGACAGUCCGCUUGGCCCAACUCUCCCCUCUUCUCCUCCACCAUCCCCUCAUCACCUUGUGGGGUGGAAGCCUGCUCCGUGCCGGCCUCCACCUCUUUCUCACCUUCAAAUUCCCUGGAAGUACCCCAUGGAUGAGCAGCUUCGAGGGGCUCCAGAGCAUGGGGGUCCUCUGCUUCCAUUGCCCACUCUACAUCAGCCUUCUCUGGGCAUGUGGCCAGUCCAUCCUGGGGCAACUAUGGGGUUGGCACUCCUGGCAGGGGCUACUUCAGGGCUACUGCGUAACAGUCGUAGCAUGGUUGUACUGGACACGCUACGUCCCUUCUCUUCUUACCAAGCCCACCAAGGAAACACAGAAGAAGACUGGGGCCUCUCUAGAGAAACUGUUGGGAUACAUGAAGCCUUAUUUCAUACGCUUUGGAGCCGUGCUGAGUCUUGUUGUCAUCUCCUCCCUUGGUGAGAUGGCUAUUCCCCACUACACCGGCCGAAUGACAGACUGGAUUAUGAAUGAAGACGAGCCUGAAGCCUUUACUCACGCCAUCACGGUCAUGUCUCUGAUUACAGUCAUGAGUGCUGUGUGUGAGUUUGUGUGUGACCUCAUCUACAACAUCACCAUGAGUCGCAUACACACCUCCAUCCAGGGCCUAGUCUUCCAGUCGGUGCUGAAGCAGGAGAUUGCUUUCUUUGACACAGCACAGACAGGUGACCUUGUGUCACGCAUCACCACAGACACCAACGACAUGAGUGAGUCUCUGAGUGAGAAGUUGAGUCUGCUGAUGUGGUACUUCAUGCGGGUCACUUUCCUCUUCAUCUUCAUGCUCAAUCUCUCCUGGAAGCUGUCUCUCUUCACCGCUAUGGGGCUUCCUAUCAUCUGGGUCAUACCAAAGAUAUCCGGCAAGUGGUACCAGGAGCUCGGUGCGAAGGUUCAAAAGUCACUAGCCCAGGCCAAUGACGUUGCCACGGAGACCUUCUCCUCUAUGAAGACAGUACGCAGCUUUGCCAACGAGGAGGGCGAGACGGAGCGCUACAGGAAGAGGCUGGAGAAGACCUACUCUCUGAAUAAAGAGGAAGCAGCAGCCUACGCAGCCUCAACCUGGACCAAUAGUAUGUCAAGCCUGUUCCUGAAGGUCAGUAUCCUGUACUAUGGCGGUAGUCUGGUGACAGGGGGGACCGUCAGCAGUGGGGAUCUGGUGGCCUUUGUGCUCUACGAGCUCCAAUUCUCCUCUGCUGUGGAGGCCGUGAUGUCGUAUUACCCAAGUGUGAUGAGGGCAAUCGGUGGCUCUGAGAAGAUAUUUGAGUAUGUGGACCGACAGCCCCAAGUUCCUCCAGAAGGCACCCUUGCCCCACAGAAUCUUGAGGGACAUGUUGAGUUCAAGAAUGUCACAUUUACCUACCGUACCAGGGAAGAUACACCGGUGCUCAAGGGCCUGUCUCUGGAGCUGAGGCCUGGGCAGAUCACUGCCUUGGUGGGGGCUUCUGGAGCAGGGAAAAGCACCUGUGUGAGCCUGCUGGAGAGGUUCUACCUGCCCCAGGAAGGAGAGAUCCUAUUGGAUGGACAGCCACUGCACAGCUACAAGAACCAGUACCUACACGACAAGAUCAGUGUGGUGAGUCAGGAGCCGGUGUUGUUUGCUCGUUCUGUCAAGGAGAACAUCAAAUAUGGCAGAGAUGAUGCCACUGAUGAGGAGAUGUACCGGGCUGCUGAGCUGGCCAACGCCCACAAGUUCAUCUCUGACCUGCCCAAUGGCUAUGAUACAGAUGCCGGGGAGAAGGGAGGCCAGGUUUCAGGAGGGCAGAAGCAACGCAUAGCCAUCGCCAGAGCUUUGAUCAGAAAGCCUCGGAUUCUAGUGCUGGACGAUGCCACCAGUAACUUGGACACAGAGAGCGAGCAUUUGGUCCACCAAGCUCUGCUCAAGGACUCAAACCCCUGCUCAGUGCUGCUGAUUGCUCAUAAGCUGAGCACUGUGGAGAAGGCCAAUCACAUUAUCGUUCUUGAGGAGGGAAAGGUGCUAGAGGAGGGGAGCCAUGUUGAGCUGCUGGAGAAAGCUGGAACCUAUGCUGACCUGGUGAACAGGCAGAACACUGGCUUCCAGCGCAAAGAAGGGGAGGAGCUGAAAAACUAAAACAGAGGCUCCAAUCCCAUGACACUUCUCAAUUUACACUGAAAUCCCACUCUGCCACCAUCUCACAUUUUCAACAUUAUUACCUACUAUUUCUACUGUAUCACAUAUGCUUUGCAAAUACUCUGAGAUCAUAGCAUCAAACUUUAGUUUAAUUAUCUCCCCUAAGUGAUUUUGAGGUACUCAAAGAAAAAACGAAUUACAAGAACAGUCCUGUAAUAUAAAAGGUUUCAUGCAAAGAGCACAUUUCUAUGUUCAACUUUCUAUUUGCACUAUACUGCAUCUUAAGUAUUCUUAAUGCCCCAAAUGCAUUUUCUAUUUAUUUUUACAUGUAUUUUUGUUUAAUUGUUUUCCCACAUUUGUGUUAUAACUAUGUAAAUAGGGAUCCCAAAUAAUGUUUUGUUUUCUGUGUACAUUGUCUCUAAGGCAGUACAAUACAUUAGCCGUUUUCUGUUCUGUGUUAAUGACAAUAAACAUUCUGCUCUCUGAA